GCCUGCAGAGAAACAAGAAGAGCCAGAGAAGAAGGAGGACAUGAAGGUGGAUCAGGAGGGAGAGAAGAAGGAUGGCGCUGCCGAAGAGGGUGGCAAGGAGGGGGAUAAGAAGGUCGAGGCGCAGAAGGAGAAGGAAGCCAAGGAAGAGGAGGAGGACAAUGUGGACUACCUAAAGGAGCUGGACGAGGAAAUCGAAAAAGCGGACAAUGACGUCUUCGAGAUGGAGGAUGUCACUGACAUCGGCACUGGCGAGCCCCUAUUCUUCAACUUUGGCUUUGAGGACUGGGCACUACUGAGCCUUCGCUUCGAGCUUCACCUGCUGGCCCACGCAUUCCUGCACGAUUGUGGGGAUCCGGAGAGGACCGGCAUCUACCCAGACCACCUGCUCUUCUACUACAACAGGUACUACAAAAAGGGCUUGAAUCCAAAGAACUAUGGCGUGGAGGGGGUGGAGGCAAGGAGGGAGCUAGUUGCCCUCGUUCGCGACAGCAUCGUCAUCUGCCCUCCAAAGGUCAUCGAGUCAAUGCUGUCUGCUGAGCUGGAAGAUAACGACAUCUUCGUGAAGCUCACGGAGGAAGCCCGAAGGGAGCGGCUGAGACGGUUGGACGCAGGCGAUGAGAGCGCCCGGCUGAAGUUUGCCACUGGCGGGGCCGCGGCAAAGGCUGGCGCGAAAGCUCCAGUUGUCAUCCCGGGCAAGGGAGUCGGGAAAGGCGAGACUGUUGCGCAGAGUCUGCUCCAACAGCAGCGGCAGCAGCAAGUCCGACAACAGAUGCAGAUGGCAACAGGUGCUGGCGGCAUGCCCGUCCGGCCCUGGGGUCCGCCCCCUGCCGCGUUUGGUGUGCCUUUGGCGCAACAGCGGGCAAUGAUGGCCAGACAGCCCUGGGGCUAA